AUGUGCGCGGCAAUCGACAUGUUGGCGUCCGAGUCCUUUUAUGGACACAGUCCGCCAGCCGGCUUCCUAUCAGACUACAGCAUUCAAGCUCCACGAAGACCAACAAAACUCACAUCCAGAGGGUUCUCAGCACCAUGUUUAACACCUCUAAAACCCGUGCAUUUGACUUUAAAAUCAGCUCCCCGGUCGUGUAUAAGAAUACCAAAUGAGAAGAAAAAGAAGAAAGUGGUUUUCGCUGACGAUAGAGGUUUUGCACUAGAACAUAUCAAGUUUAUGACAGAGCCGUCUCAUGUGCCACCUUACUGGGCGCUGAGGAUAGUCUCCAGUCCACCUUCGGAGAGGAAACCGCCACCAAAACCAGCGGAUUUAUGGGAGACGAGAUUCGUGCAGCCGGCGUCUGAUUACCUGGAAUUUCGGCGAAGGAUCACUCAAGAUUGUGUGUCUUUGGAGAAUGUGAUAAUCAAACAGGAUGAGUGCGCGGUUGACGGGACUGUAAAAGUUAAAAAUCUGGACUUUGCUAAAGAGGUUUUCGUUCGAACGUCCUCAGACGGGUGGCUGACGAGCGAGGAUACAUUUUGCGCGUUCGUUGAAAGUGGUCCUUUAAACCAAAAUGGAGUAUCAACGUAUGAUACUUUUGGAUUCCGACUGCAACUUCCAAUCCAUUCUCGAAGGCUAGACUUUUGUGUCUGCUUUAAAUCUAAAGGGCAAGAAUUCUGGGACAAUAACGGAGGUUCAAACUACACCAUAGAAAAGUCUUCGGUACGGAGUCAACCGGCGAUUUCUUGUGCCCGUAUAAAGUACGGUAACUCGUGGACUACAAGGUCAAACGGGGAUGGAAAUGUGCCCUACUGGUGA